AUGCACAAUGGCAUCGUGUGCUGGCUGGAGGGGCCGUCGGACCUGCUGGCCCGCCGCGUGGUGGCUGAGGGCGUGGAGAAGCGGCCGCUGCUGUACGGGGACGGCGUGACUGCCGAGAACGCGUACGAGGUCGCGCAUGGGAAGCUACAGGCGCUCCUUGAGGCUCGCGAAAAGUACUACGAGAACGCUGACGAGGAGACGGGGGCGCCGGCCGCGGUGGUUAUGUACCGGCUGCUCACCCGGGUCCUCGAGAGGAUCGAGGCGACAAAGGCGGAGAGAGAGGCCCGCAAAAACUUCACAAUCGAGGGCCUCGGACCCAAGGCGGCGGCGGGCGGCGGCGGCGGGGCGGCGCAGCAGCAGCAGGCGGCGGAGGAGUGA